CAUGCCUAGGGAAACGAGAGCACGGGCACUGCAUCAAGAGCACCUUGAGGUGGUAGUGAUGACUGACGAGCAUUAUAAAUAGGAGGCUUCAUUCCAACUCAGACUCACACCAUCUUCAAGCAAAGCUAUUCAUUUCUCUCUCUUGUUUGCGAGACAAAAAGCAAGCAAAAGAGAAAAGCCCACACAUCGAUCAAUUCUUUGGAUCUUCUUCUCUCUUAUUUCACAUCUCUCCAACAACCAUGUGUGGCAUUCUGGCUUGUCUUUGGUGCUCUGAUGAUUCUGCAGACAAACGGGCUCGCAUCAUCCACCUUGCCCAAAGGUUGAAGCAUCGUGGACCAGACUGGAUAGGUGUGUUCCAACACGAAGGCAACUUUCUGGCUCAUCAGAGACUCGCCAUCGUGGAUCUCACCUCGGGAGAUCAGCCUCUCUUCAAUGAAGACAACACUGUCGCCGUCAUCGCCAAUGGAGAAAUAUACAAUCAUGAAGAUCUCCGGAAACAACUUCCCAAUCACAAGUUUCGAACCAACAGCGACUGUGAAGUCAUUCCCCACCUGUACGAAGAGUAUGGAGAGAACUUUGUGGACAUGCUUGAUGGAAUUUUCUCGUUCGUGCUUUUGGACACUCGAACCAACAACUUCUUAGUUGCUCGUGACGCCAUUGGAAUCACUUCGCUCUACAUUGGCUGGGCUGAAGAUGCGUCGUGUUGGGUAUCAUCAGAAUACAAGACAAUGCACGAAGACUGUGAGCAUUACGAGAGAUUUCAGCCAGGAACUUUGUACUCAAGCAAAGACAAAGCGUUUCGUAGGUGGUACAAUCCUCCAUGGUUCUCUGAAGCCAUUCCUUCAACCCCUUAUGAUCCUAUGCUUUUGAGGACCUCUCUCGAGAAGGCUGUGAUAAAGAGGUUGAUGACAGACGUGCCUUUCGGGGUGUUACUGUCUGGAGGUUUGGACUCAUCAUUGGUUGCUUCCAUCACUGCUCGUUACUUGGCUGACACCAAAGCAGGCAAACAACUUGGAACCACCAUCCAUUCCUUCUGCAUUGGCCUUGAGGGAUCACCGGAUUUGAAGGCUGGGAGAGAAGUUGCAAAGUACUUAGGAACAGUUCAUCAUGAGUUCCACUUCGCCCCUCAGGAUGGGAUUGACGCCAUUGAAGAUGUGAUCUAUCACAUUGAAUCUUAUGAACUAACAACAGUGAGAUCAAGUAUCCCCACAUAUCUCAUGUCUCGUAAGAUCAAAUCACAUGGGAUCAAGGUUGUUCUGUCUGGAGAAGGUUCUGAUGAGAUCUUUGGUGGCUACUUGUACUUCCACAAGGCACCUAACAAGGAAGAAGCCCACCAAGAAAUGUGCCGCAAGAUCAAGGCUCUGCAUCAAUAUGAUUGUUUACGAGCAAACAAAGCAACAUCUGCUUGGGGUUUGGAAGCUCGAUUUCCUUAUUUGGAUAAGGAAUUUGUAAAUGUUGUUAUGAACAUUGAUCCUGAUUUCAAGAUGUCUGGACAUAGACGGAUUGAGAAAUGGGUUCUAAGGAAUGCCUUUGAUGACAAGGAACGCCCCUAUCUCCCACAGCAUAUCUUGUGGAGACAAAAAGAGCAAAUGAGUGAUGGUGUUGGCUAUAACUGGAUCGACGCCCUCAGGCAACAUGCUGCCAAACACGUCACUGACAAGAUGAUGCUCAAUGCCGCACGUACCUACCCACUCCACACUCCGGCUACCAAGGAAGCAUAUUACUACAGAAUGAUCUUUGAGAAGAUCUUCCCAAAGCAACCAGCGAGGCAGACCAUCCCAUGGGAACCAACUGUGGCAUGCUGCACACCGAAGGCUCUUCAUUGGGUGCCAGAGUGGGCCAACAACUUGGACCCAUCAGGCAGGGCUGCAUGGGGAGUCCAUAAUGCUGCAAACAAGACCCUAGUCACUGCUGAUGUUGUCGACUCACACAACACCAAAUCUGACAAUAAUGGAGCUCUCGAUAAUAAUGGAGCAAUCAACGGUGUCAAUGGUGUUAAUGAUCAUUGAGAGAGAGAGAGAGAGAGUUUACUUGUGUGUGUGUGUGUGUGUGUGUGUGUGUGUUGCUUUAAUUCGUUCAAGAAUAUGCCUUGAACCUCACAAGUCUCCAACUUUCUUCUUGUGAUUUCGAGUCAUGAAGUCGCUUUGUUGAUUAGGGAUUAUUAUAUAUGUAUGAAGAUGAUUGAAAGUGAGGGUAUCCUUUGGGGGUAUGUGUGUUUUAAUUUUAGUUAUUUGAGGUCAUCUUGUGUCAGCUAGAUUGAUGUUAUUCUUGGUUUAAUUAAUAAGAGAAUAAUCCUUUGUCUAUCUA